UCACUGAAUUUCGAUCUGAGUCAGUGUGUGACAUUUUUUUCUUCAUUUCUCUCUUACAAUUUUUUGCAAUGGCACAAACACAAACCCAGAGACCCUGUUCAAGCGUCCUCGAUUCUCUGGGGGAAGAAAUUGUGAGAAUCGUCGCACCCGUUUCAAUAUGCAUGUUCCUGGUCGUAAUCCUGGUCUCAAUUCUCAACACCGAUUCUUCUCUCUUCGUCGCAUCGAUGAGCAUGGUCACCAUCGCGUACAACGAAACAACCUCGGACUCCACCUGGGACAAGUUCCUAGGAGCCCUUCUGAACUCCUUAGCCUUCGUCGUCCUUGUCACCUUCGCAACCUUCGUCUUGGUCCUCCUCUUCUACUUCCGAUGCACCAGGUUCUUAAAACUCUACAUGGCUUUCUCCACUUUCAUCGUGUUGUUAUUCCUCGGCGGCGAAGUCUCGAUCUUUUUGAUCCAAAAGUUUAGUACUCCCAUUGAUUGCAUCACGUUCUUCCUUGUUCUGUGUAAUUUCGCUGUUGUGGGUGUUUUGACAGUGUUUAUUUCGAAAAUGGCGAUUCUUGUGACGCAGGGGUAUUUGGUUGUUGUUGGAAUAUUGGUUGCUUAUUCGUUUACUAUGUUGCCUGAGUGGACCACGUGGGCCCUACUUGUUGCUAUGGCGUUGUAUGAUCUUGCUGCGGUUUUGUUGCCAAUUGGGCCGUUAAGGAUUUUGGUAGAGCUUGCAAUUUCAAGGGAUGAGGAAAUUCCGGCAUUGGUUUAUGAGGCUAGGCCGGUGAAGCAUGGUAGUUUGGAUCCUAGGGAAGUCGCGCAGAGGCGGUUGUGGAGAGAAAGGAGGGUUCAGAGUUUGAAUGCUAACAACUCAGUGUUGGCUCAUGGCCCCAAUAAUGCUGAAUCACACUCUGAUUCGGGUGCGAACGCUGGCGAUAACUGGGAUGGCGCAAACUUGGUUAGGGAAAACGCGUCUUUGAAUUCGAAUUUGAAUGCUGAUAGUUCUGGUGGCUCCUAUGGUUAUGGAAAUUUGGUGAGUGUGGAAGAGGGAUGGCUGCGAGUUCAAGAGACUGAUUCGGACCUUUCUGCACCCUUGAUGGAUCGUGGAAUGAAUGUCCAGCUCGGUAGGGGGGAAGAUACUGUGUCGAUUGAUAACUUGAUGCUAGAGGGAAUUGGAUUGGCUUCUUCUGGUUCAAUCAAGUUAGGGCUGGGAGAUUUUAUCUUCUAUAGUGUUUUGGUUGGCAGGGCGGCAAUGUAUGAUUAUAUGACGGUGUAUGCGUGCUAUCUUGCUAUCAUUGCGGGUCUUGGCAUAACCUUGAUGCUUUUGGCUUUUUAUCAGAAAGCUUUGCCUGCUCUUCCCGUGUCAGUCGGAAUGGGCGUGUUGUUUUAUUUCUUGACCAGGCUUUUACUUGAAGUAUUUGUAGUACAAUGUUCCUUAAAUCUCCUGUUGUUCUAAGGUUAGAAAUUUGUACUGUUAGGGCUUGGUCUACCAAACAUAUCAUAUGACCACGUAUAUUUUUAGUUGAAAAUCUUCUUGGCUUAACAAUGCCCCAUCAUUAGUUUUGACGUUUUCAAGAACUGCAUCUUUGCUUUUGGUUUUA